AUGUAUAGAAAAAGUAUACAAAAUUUAUCUGAAGUAUGUAAUACUAAUUAUUCAAUACAUUCUACAUUAAGACAAAAUAAAAGAAAAGAAAUGUUAGAGUUAAAAAGAAAAAAUAAUAAAGAAGAAGAAAUAGAAAAAAUAAAAAUAAAUUCAGAAGAAAAAUAUUUUAAUGUAAAUGAUAAACAAAUACAAUUACUUCUUAAUGGAAUUCAAAGUGAUAAUUAUGAAAUUAUCAUUGAAAGUAUUAAAAUGUUAAAAGAAAUUGUUAAAAAAGCACCAGAAGUUUCAAAUGAAUUUGAAUCAAGAAUAUUUGAUAUGAUACUUAUGACAAUAACUAUUCCUCGUAUGUUACAAAUAUUUCAAAAAAACAUUGAUAAUGAAGUUAAAAUGAAUAUACUUUAUAUAUUAGUUAAUGUAAGUUCAGGAAAUACUCAACAACUUAUAAAAAUGAUUCAACUUGGAGUUAUUGAACAACUUCUUCCAUUUAUGUUAACAAAUCAAUUUAAAAGAGAUAUUUGUUGGGUAUUUGCAAAUUUAGCUUCAGAAAAUAUUAAAUUAAGAGAUGAAGUAAUGAAUAGAAUAAUUAAUAUAUUAAUAUAUUUUAUUAAAGAUAAUACAGAACAAGCAAUGUUUGUUGAAUGUACAAGAUUAGUUUCUAAUUUAUGUUUAUUUACACCAAAACCAUCUUAUUCUAUAUUUACACAAUUUGCUGAAUAUCUUAUAUAUGCAGCAACAAUGAAUGAUUCAAUGAUUGUAUCACAAGCAUUACUUGGAUUAGAUUAUUUAUGUGAAGAUACAACAUAUUGUCAAAAUCUAAAAAAACCACUUUUACCACUUUUUAUUAAAGGAAUUAAAAGUGGAAAUGAAGAAGUAAUGAUAGUUGUAUUACAAUGUAUUGGAACAUUAAUUUCAAAUGAUAAUGAAUUUGCACAAGAAUUAGUAAAUAAUGGAUUUAUAAAUGAAAUGAUAAUAAUUUCAGAUUAUACAAAUGAUAAAAUUACACCAACUCUAAUGUAUUGUUUAUCAAAUAUUAUUGCAUGUAAACAAGGAAAUGCUGCUUCAAUCAUUGUAAAUAGUAAAUUAUUUAAAAAUAUUCUUGUUGAAAUAAAUACAUCACCAAUUCAUGAAAUUGUUAUUGAAUCAGGAUGGGUAUUAAUUAAUAUUCUUGCUGUACUUAAUGAUGAUAUUAUUAAUAAAAUAUUAAAUAUUGAUGUAUUUGAUUCAUUUUAUAGAAUACUUUCUAUUUCAUAUGGUGAAACUUCUAAUAUUUUACAUUAUACUUUAAAAAUAAUUAUAAAAAUUCUUGAAAUUGGAGAAAAAGAAAGUCAUUUUCAUGGAUUUAAUUGUUAUCAAAUAAUGUUAGAAGAAAGUAAUUGUGUUGGAUUAUUAGAUGGUAUGAAAGAAGAAGAUAUUCUAAGUAUAGAAAAUCAAGAACUUCUUUUAGAAAUUGAAAAAUAUUGGGAAGAUGAUAAUAAUCAAAUGGAAUUAAAUUAA